UUUUUUUUUUUUCUUUAUAAUAUGGAAGAUCAGGAUAACAGCAACAAAAGAGAGAAUCCUUAUUUAUCAAACUCUCUACCUUUAAAUAAACGACAACAUGUCACACUGAAACCACAUACAAAAUCCGAGGAUGCCACCUCUGACCUUCUUGGACGUAAAACUGGCAUUCACUUGGCUCCUCCUCAAAAACCAACAACAACCCGUCAACGCGAAAAGUACAUUUAUGGCAAUUAUACAAACUAUUACAAAACGCGACGGAACGAUGCUAACAAACUUGAUCCUCGUCUAUCAUUACUAAAUACAUCUUUAUUCAAGGACAAGAACGUAUUAGAUAUUGGUUGUAAUUCUGGAAAUAUCACCAUAGUUAUCGGACAACAAUGUAAACCUCGACAUAUUUUAGGUGUAGAUAUUGACGAUCGUUUGAUUGCCCAGGCACGAACUUUACUACGAACAACAUAUUCUCUUCAGCAACCUAAUAUCAACAUAGAUAAUGAUGAUUCAAAACCACUUAGUGUGGAUGUCAAACUUCAAACUCAUUACUUUCCUCGCUCUAUGGUGACAAUGUUUGGCUUCAUGUCGACGAAUAUGCCUCCUUCAUACAAGAAUCAUGAUUUCCCUUACAAUACCUCCUUUCAAGAAGGUGAUUGGCUGAAUAUGGAUAUUAAGGAAAAUGAAUACGACACCAUCUUAGCUCUUAGUAUUACCAAAUGGAUUCAAUUACAUCGUGGAGAUCAAGGUAUCAAAGACUUUUUCCAAAGGGUAUACCAAUCUUUGAAACCUGGUGGAGUCUUGGUACUUGAACCUCAAACCUUUAAGUCUUAUGAACGACGUGCAAAAGGAUCAGAGGAAAUGACAGAUAUUUUGGACAAAAUUAAAUUCAAACCCGAAGAUUAUGAUGACUACUUGAUGAAAGAAGUCGGAUUCAAGGUGGUCACACCAUUAGGAACUCCCAAUACAGAUUCAAAAGGGUUUUCACGACCAUUGUACCUCUAUACCAAAUAGUAAUCAUUCUUCGCUUUACACAAUCACUCUUUUAGUUUUACAUAUUCAAAUCAUUUUGUAGUUAUUCCAAUAAUAAAAAUCGUAGAAUAUAUAUAUUUUU